AUGAUUAUUCCAAGUCCAUUUGUUUAUUGGGCGCAAACUGAGAGUGCAGUGUCUUUAAAAAUUGAAUUAAAAAAUGUUGAUAAACCUGUCGUGAAAGUUCUGGAAAACAAUGUGAAAUUUUCAGCUCUGGGCGUUGGGGCUCGAGGUGAAAGUCAGUAUGAAUUUAGCUUAGAUCUAUUUUCUUAUGUGAAGACAGGAGAGGAGCAAGCAAUCUCUUUGCGUGUAUUUGACAACAGAGUGGAUCUCGUCCUACAAAAAGCUACACGGUCAUGGUGGCCUCGGUUAACUGCACAGCCACAGAAACCGGCAUGGCUAAAAAUAAACUUUGAUCUAUGGAAAACCGAAGAUGGUCCAGACAGUGAUGACGAGAAGCGUGACGUCAUGAAAGACUACCCAGGCAUGUAUGACAAGUUGCACAAAGAAGAAUUGGGGUACAGAAGAGGUGUGUUAAAAGACUUCAAAAAGGUGUACUUGGUGUUAUACAACCUUUUCCAAUUCGUGGGCUUCACGUACGUCCUCACGGUGAUCGGUAUCCGCUAUAUCAGAUAUGGCUAUGAUUCUGUCGCUGACACAUACGAGAACGUCGGUGGAGCAAUGAAGUUUCUGCAGCUCUUGCAGUACUUGGAAGUCAUGCAUCCACUAUUUGGCUAUACGAGGGGUGGAGUGCUAGUUCCGUUCCUGCAAGUGAGCGGCCGAGCGUUCGUGUUGUUCGCUAUGAUUGAGGCCGAGUCUCGCAUGCACACGAAGCCUGUCGUGUUUUACCUGUUCGUUAUCUGGAGUGUGAUUGAAGUGGUCAGGUAUCCGUUCUACAUAUCCCAAUUGUACAAAAAGGAGAUCUACAUACUGACAUGGCUUAGGUACACGAUGUGGAUCCCUCUCUACCCUCUAGGCAUCAUGUGCGAAGCUAUCGUCAUAUUACGCAACAUACCAUACUUCGAGGAAACCCAGAAGUUCACCAUAUCUAUGCCAAACGAAUGGAACUUUGCAUUCCACUUGCCAACAUUCCUACGCGUAUAUUUACUGUUCCUCACCGUCCCUGGCAUGUUCUUCGUCAUGAAGCACAUGCAAAGGCUUAGGGCGGUCAAGCUCAAAUCCAAAGUGGUUAUAAAGAAAUCUAAAUAG